AUGAAUGGCGUCAACGGUCCGCCGUCGACUCAUGGAGGACCGCCCCCUCGUAUGCUCAUGGCUGACGGACCCGGCGGCGCUGGCGGCCCUCCACCUCCACCACCGCACAUUCCUCGCUCCUCGUCUGCACAGAGUCGCAUCAUGGAUUCUGCGGGUGGUCCGGCUGGUCCUCCUGCCUCAACAUCUCCUGCGGUGCAGAAGCUCUCGCUCGCCAACGAAGCCGCCUGGGUCUCGAUUGGUUCGGCCGCAGAAGCCAUGGAGGACUACGAUCGUGCGCUCUCGGCGUACGAGGCUGCUCUUCGACACGACCUUUAUUCGGUCCCUGCUCUCAGCGCCAUCGCCGGCGUCCAUCGCACCUUGGACAACUUCGAAAAAGCCGUCGAUUACUUUCAGCGCGUGCUCAACAUUGUCCCCGAGAAUGGUGACACGUGGGGCUCGAUGGGCCACUGCUACUUGAUGAUGGACGACUUGCAGCGUGCCUACACCGCCUACCAACAAGCGCUCUAUCAUCUGCCCAACCCCAAGGAGCCCAAGCUCUGGUACGGCAUCGGCAUCCUCUACGAUCGAUACGGCAGCCUCGAGCACGCAGAAGAGGCUUUCGCCAGCGUCGUCCGAAUGGAUCCCAACUACGAAAAGGCAAACGAGAUCUACUUCCGUCUCGGCAUCAUCUACAAGCAGCAGAACAAGUUCCCCGCCAGUCUCGAGUGCUUCCGCUACAUCCUCGACAACCCGCCCCGUCCGCUCACCGAGAUCGACAUCUGGUUCCAGAUCGGCCACGUCUACGAGCAGCAGAAGGAGUUCAACGCCGCAAAGGAGGCCUACGAGCGCGUCCUUGCCGAGAAUCCCAACCACGCCAAGGUGCUGCAGCAGCUCGGAUGGCUCUACCACCUCUCCAACGCCGGCUUCAACAACCAGGAGCGUGCCAUCCAGUUCCUCACAAAGAGUCUCGAAUCGGAUCCCAACGAUGCGCAGAGCUGGUACCUGCUCGGACGUGCCUACAUGGCCGGUCAGAAUUACAACAAGGCUUACGAGGCGUAUCAGCAAGCCGUCUACCGCGAUGGCAAGAAUCCGACGUUUUGGUGCUCGAUCGGUGUUCUCUACUACCAAAUCAACCAGUACCGCGAUGCACUCGACGCCUACUCGCGUGCCAUCCGCCUCAACCCUUACAUUUCCGAGGUGUGGUUCGACCUCGGCAGUCUGUACGAGGCUUGCAACAACCAGAUCAGCGACGCCAUCCACGCCUACGAGCGUGCCGCCGACCUCGACCCGGACAACCCGCAGAUCCAGCAGCGCCUCCAACUCCUGCGCAACGCCGAGGCGAAAGGUGGCGAGCUGCCAGAAGCGCCGGUGCCCCAGGAUGUCCACCCGACCGCCUACGCAAACAACAACGGCAUGGCUCCUGGGCCCCCUACCCACAUCGGUGGCGGACCGGGUCCUUCGUAUCCUCCACCCCUCGGUGGCCCUCAGCUUGCCGGCAAUGGAGGAGGACGUGGGGACAUGUCCGAUCGCGACUUGCCCGGUCCCGGUCACCUUGGAUCGUCCCGCUCACCUCCGCCGUUCCGUGGCGGUGGCCCUCCUGGUGUAGACGAACGUGGACCUCGUGGUCCUCCUCCCGGCGCAUUGGCUCCCAUGGUCGGAGGUCCAGGUGGUCCCGAGCCUCAGGGACGUGGUGGGUUCCCGCACUCGCGAGGCCCCUCGCCCGGUCCACCUCGCAUGGAUCCUUACGGCAGGAGGCUGGGAUCGCCGCCGCGCCGCACGCCGCCUCCACCUCUGCGUGCAGACAUGCACGAUGCUCAUGGCUCAGCCCCACACGGCCACGGCCACGCUCACGGUGGCGACUUCCGUGGUCCACCGGCCCUUGCAGCUGGUGGGCCCAGCGGACCGCCCCCGCCCUUGGAUCAGUACGGUCGACCGAUGGGUGGUCCUAUGAGCGAACGCGAGCGCGAAAUGGAGUGGGAGCGCGAGAGAGAAAGAGAGCAGGCUGCUCGAGGUUACCCUGCCAGCGGACGCAUCACACCCAAGAACGAGCAAGGCUACGCACGCUCGCAGCACGGCGGCAGCAACGCGCCCUCGCCGGCAUUCGGAAGACCUCCUGUCUACGGACGCGACGAUGGUCGUGACCACUAUAACAACGGCCAUCCUAGCUCUGGACCUGGCGGUCCGCGAGGAGGCUACGAGCGAGGACCCGGUGGUCUUCAUGCUCCUCCACCUGGCUUGCGACACGAGGAGCGAGGCCCUCCGCCGCCUCAGUUCGAGCACGAGCGUGGUCCGCCUCCGCCUCGUCAGGCCGGUGACGGCCGUCACGAUGGCUACGGCGACGUUCAUGACGGAUCCAUGGGCAGCGCCCCUGGGCGAGGACCACCACCUGGACUCCGUGGACCCACCCCCGAUUGGGAGCGUGCUCGAGCUGGCGAGCAUGGCCCCCCUUCGCUCAACGAUGGUGCAGAGGGUCGCAACGCGGGCGGAUCUGCAAGCAAAUCGCGCCGGGGGCCCAAGUCGAAGGAUGAGCUCGAGGCAGCACCCGCGCCGCCCUCGCCUGCUCCGUCGGCGGCCGCCAAGAAAGGCAAGACAGCAAGCUCGCGGGCCAGCUCGCCUUGGUCUGCAAAGGGAGGUGCUGCUGCUGCUGCAAAGAACGGCAAGUCGGCUACGCCCUUCGGUGCAUCUACUGCUGCCAGUGUAGGCGGUGGAAACAAGAAGGGAAGCUCGGCUGCGCUGCUUGCGCGCGAAGAUCAGCCGGACUCGAGGGCUGGCUCGCCCGCCGGAGAUGCUCGAGCGCAACGCGAAAUUUCGCCGGCGAGCUCGGAUGGCAGCAACGAGCCACUCGCCGCGCGUGCUCCGUCGUCCCGCAUGGUGGACGAGGACUACGACGAAGGUGCUGCUGAUGCGCUGAUGGGUCUCGCUGGUGCGGCUUCAGCGUCCGCGCCGUCAAUGGCAACGCCUAUCGCGGCACCGGCAGCGCCUGUUGCGACGUCCGAUCGAGCACCCAGUCCAGAGAGGCGUGCGGCAAGCUCAUUGGGCAAGCGACCCUACGCGGACGAAGAGAAGGCAGCUGACGAGCGGGAAGAUUCGUACAAGCGAGCCAAGAGCGGAAGCGCAGCUGCUGUUGAAGCUGAAGUGACAAGUAGUAGCGCGAGACUCGACGAGGCUCCCGAACCUGCCCAGUCUGAGGCCAUUGCGCAAGCAGAGUCGGCGGAGCAGCCGAAGGAGACCACAGCUGCGACACCGCCGCCGCCUCCUGCUGCGGCUGUCGCUCCCGAGUCCCGAAGCAACGCUGCAUCGGAGAGCAAUGCCCAGCCGAUGGAUGUAGAUGGUCGAGAGCCGUCGCCGGGACCAUCGGAACCAGCAGCCGCGACAAAGGACUCGCCAACUACCGGUGAUCUAGCCGCAAGCGCAGCCGCCGCCGCCACCAAAGCUGGGGAAACCUCUUCGUCGCCUGCCGUCUCGACGACAGAAACGAAACAAGCGCCACCGGUUGCAGUUGAGGGUGGCGAGAAGGAGACCGCCGACGAUGACGAGAGGGAAGAGGAGGAAGGUCAGAUUCACGAGGAUCCGAGCGAUGCUGUUGCCAAGCCUGCAAGUGAGGAUGCCAGCAAGUAA